CUCAAUGACAGCGAUGCCUUUAACAAUUCACACGCAGAGAAGUCGGACGUCUUUGAUGCAGAGCUUGGCGUCCUGGAGCUAAAACAGCUUGAGGAGUCUCCCAAGUUUCCCAGGAGGAGGUUGAAGCGCAGGUCCUCCAGCUUCAGCACCACCCCAGGUAAAGGUCUAACAUUCGGGAAGUCAUCUAAAGUUUCAGGUGCGUCCCCGAGGAGGCGCGUGUCGUUUGCAAAAGAUGUGAAAGAUGCAGAAAAUGGUGGGGGUCCGAAAAGAAGAUCCUCGAACCGCAUGGUCGUGUCGCCCAACUCUGCCAAGUUUUCAAAGCAGUCCAAAGACAGGAUGGAGUUUGAAUCCUUCAUG